CCUACGACUUUCUUCCUUUAAUAACCCGCUCCUCCUUGAAUCCAUCCUAUCUUUGAUUCCGUUCUCUUUUCACCACCUGACCUGUCGACGGUCUACCGUUGUACAACGCCGUCCUCCCCGCGCCUAGGAAUACAAGUCCUACGCGACUUCGCACCAACCCAUCAUGGGAUCCAUCGGCGAGGCUUACUCUGUGCAAAGAGAAGCUCAGAAGGUGUUUGAGCAAGGCGUCCUGCAGAACCCACUCAUUCCCAAACUCCCGGCAGAGAUCAAAGAUGCAGCCAAAGCCGUGCACUUCACCGGCAGCCCGGCGCCCAUCGUCCCCAUCAACUGGCGUUUCGCCGAAAGUGCAUCAGUAUUGAAGGCUUUCGAAGCUUCUCUCCUUAAUGUCUUGCGGUUGAGGAAGUACGGUGCCAUGUUCUCCGACGUCACCAUCAAUACCAACCAUGCCUCCCUCUUCACCAUGAGUCUGCAGCUGGCCAAGGUGGUUGAAGCGAAUGGAGAACUGACCGGAAUCCCUCUUACCAAUCCAAAGGCCCUGCAGGCGUGUGGAUUCAAGAACCAGGAUUUGCAUGAUGUGAACGGUGCGAUACAACGACACUUGGCCACAAACAUCUACAAGACCAGGGAUGGCAAAUUCUAUCACGUGCAUGGAAGCAUGAACCCGGACCCGACUCUCCAAGCGCUAGGACUAUCUCUCUACGGCGAGAAAGGCGACACCAGAGACACAGUGGUCGAUCGCAUCCAGAAAGUCGUUGAGCAACACGACUCUGCCGAACUCGACCGGCUGAUCAACGACCAGUACAAACAAGCCGGCACGAUUGCAUACACCGUCGAAGAGUUCCGCAACUCGGAGCAUGGCAAAGCAAACGCGCACGUCGGGCUGUACGAGCUUUCCCGGCACGAAGGCUCCCAACAGCCGGCCUCCUGGUGGCCUGAACAGCCGUCCAUGCCGUCUUCUGCAUCUCGUCCGCUCGCCGGCCUCAAAGUCGUCGAUUUGACCCGCGUCAUCGCCGCCCCGACCAUCACCCGCAGUUUGGCAGAAAUGGGAGCCAGCGUGAUGCGGGUGACUUCCCCGAAUGUCACGGAUCACUGGGGGCUGCACGCCGAUCUGAAUUGGGGCAAAUGGAAUUGCUAUCUCGACCUCAAGAAGAAUCCGGAAGAUCGAGCUAAGCUGGCGGAGCUGAUUAAAGAAGCGGACGUUGUCGUCGAAGGUUACCGGCCCGAAGCGAUGGCGCGGAACGGAUUUGGGAGGGAUGACAUCUUCGAGUUGGUCAAGGGGCGGGAUAGAGGAAUUAUCCAUGUCAGGGAGAAUUGCUACGGUUGGUAUGGGCCGUGGGCUGGGAGGAGCGGCUGGCAACAGAUCAGUGACGCCUGCACCGGCGUUUCUCUUUCGUACGGAAAAGCCAUCGGGAGUAACGACGCUGUCACUCCCGGCUUCCCCAACUCAGACUACUCCACUGGCAUCUCAGGCUCCAUAGCCACCCUACAUGCCCUCAUCCGUCGCGGCGAGGAGGGCGGAUCGUUCAGCGUUGACGUAAGUCUCGUCACACGCUCGAUCCAAACGCAACGCCAGCUAACACGUGCACAGUGCGCCCUAAACUACUACAAACAAUGGCUCAUCAACUCCGUCGGCACCUACCCUCCCGAAGUAUGGUCCGAACUGUGGAAACGACACGGCUCGCCCACAUAUCGCCAUUACCAGGACAUAUCCCAAGUCAUGCCCGACACGAUGGCGCGGUUGAGAAAGGAAGACGGCGAGGAGAUCUUUGAUCCUACUUUCUUUGAGCGGCGGCAGUCGAAGGCUAUGGGGCGAGAGUUUGUGCAUGUGAAGCCGAUUGUGCAGUUCAAGGACGAUGUGAGGCUCGGCUUUCAUGUUGGGUGUCGGUCGAAUGGGCUGGAUCAGCCGAGAUGGCCUGAAGAUUUGGGGGUGGAGGUUGUUGAGUAGCACUGUUAAUGCAAUCAUUUACGUCGUCCGUGGCAUCUUCUUGUAACACCUUUAUUCGGGAGGAUGACGGGAGGUCGAUGACCGGCGGCGCCCAAAGUUGCAGCCGCGCGAACGAGGCGC